AUGCGUCAGAGAGGCAUCUUCCGUCACCGCCUGCAACAGCAGCAGCAGCAGCAGCAGCAGCAAGCAGUUAGUUACGCAGAGGCUGCAGCAGCGGCAGCAGCAAGUAAUUACGCAAAGGCUGCUGCAGCAGCAGCAGCGGCAAGUAGCUACACAAAGGCUGCAGAGACGCAGGACGCAGCGGCAGCUGAUGCUGCUUGCUUCAUGCAAGUGGAUCAAGCAAGCAGCAGCAGCAGCAGCAGCAACAGCAGCAGCAACAGCGGCACGACCAGCAGCAUCCCCACCACAACCACCACUACUAGAAGCAGGAGCAGAAGCAGCAAAAGCAGCAAAAGCACCAAAAGCAGCAGCAACAAACACAGUAGCAGCAAAAGCAGUUGCAACAUCAGCAAAAGCAGCAGCAGCACAAUCAGCAACAACAACAGCAUCAUCACCAUCAUCAGCAGCACAUCAUCAUCAUCAGCAGUAGCACAAUCAGCAGCAGCAUUGUCAGCAGCAGCAGCACAAUCCUCAUCAGCAGCAGCAGCACAAUCAGCAGCAGCAGCAGCACAAUCAGCAGCAGCGGCAGCACAACCAGCAGCAGCAGCAGCACAAUCAGCAGCAGCAGUAGCAACAGCAGCAAACCUUGGCAGAAGUCUGAGUGCAGUGAGUUUGAUGGUACAGUGGAGAAGACACUUUUCUUCAGCAGCAACAGCAGCACAGUCAGCAGCAACAGCACAAUCAACAGAAGCAGCAGCAGCAGCAAACCUUGGCAGCAAGUCUGAGUGCAGUGAGUUUGAUGGGCUGUGGAGAAGAUACUUUUCCUCAGCAGCAACAGCAUCACAAUCAGCAGCAGCAGCAGCAGCAGCAGCAGCAGCAGCAGCAAACCUUGGCAGCAAGUCUGAGUGCAGUGAGUUUGAUGGUGCCGUGGAGAAGACACUUUUCGCAGGAGACGCAGCGCAGCAAAGACUCAAUGCCUUCCGCACUUUCCAAAAACGCCAAAUCGCUGCAGCAGCAGCAGCAGCAGCAAAUAACAAGUAA